AUGAUUAAACAUUAUUUAACUCAAUCAUCUUCUACUAAACAAAAUUUUUCAUAAAAACUUCAAUUGCAAAAACUUAAAAGAAACAAACUUAUGGUUUCAAAGGCUAUAGAUAUGCUAUAAAAUCCAUUCGAUCCUAGUCAAGUAUCUUAGUCCUUGAGAUUUCUUGAAAAUUAGACAUAAAGGAAAGCAUUACUAGAUCAAAUUAUUGGUAUAAGAGAAGAAAGAAAAAGAAAAUAAGAAUUUGAAAAAAUGUCUUCAAUGAGAGGAAUUUUAUCUAAAGUAUAAUAGAGAUUCACUGUGGUUAAAAAUCAAGAUAUAAAAUUUAAUAGAGAUUUUAAUGAUUUUAAAAUUUUACAAGAAGAACGUAAUAAAAUGGAAAAAUUGUAAUAUGAAAAUCUGAAUCUGCAAAUAAAUGAAAGAAAAUCUUAAUUCAAAAGAAUGUCUAGUCUUAAUUUCUUAACGCGAGAAAGUGAUAAUCAUAAAUUAAAACAUUAAUUAAGUCUUGAUCCAGGAGCUCCUUAACCAUCUUUAAUGUUUAUAAGGAAAACAUAAAGAAAUACAACAUUGUUACAAUAAAAAAUAGUAAAUAAAUAAAUGUAAUAAUUAAUAUUAAGAAUUUAGACCUACAGAAGGUAAUACUGAGAAAACUCUUACAUCACAUCAUAAUUACUUGGUUAUAACAUAAGAAACUGAUUAAGAAUGA